AUAUGCCAAUAUGGGUUUUAAUUGGCUAUGGAAUUUUUUGCCUUAUUGGUGGGCAGGCAGAUACAAAAAAGGUAUAGAUAGAACAUAAGGGUUUCUGUGGUGUGAGCAUAAAGAGGGUCAGAUAUUUAUCAACGAUCGAAAGGUCCUCUGCGUUUAUUCUCUUUGAAUCUUCCUAGGGUUUCUGAACUUUCCCCCAUGUUUGAUUCCUCCCGUUUCCUUCGUUUUCAAAAAUUUUCCUGGGGUUUCUAGGUGGUUUGUUUGUUUUCCUAGAAAAUCUGGGUUUUCUCUAGUGAUUUUGAUCGUGGUUUUUUCUUUGUAACUUUGAAAGUUGAAACAUCUCUAGGGAUUUUGGGUUGUCACUAUUGUUGUCUUCAAUUUUUGACAUUUUUCUGUGCUAAGAUUGAAACUUGUUUGCUUUCCUAGAAAAUUUGGCUCAGUUUCUUUCUGGGUUUUCCUUCUUGUCGUCUAUAAAACUAUCCAUAGAGUUCUGGGUUGCCAUUUUUCUUCACUAAGGCCUAAACUUUCUUAUGUAUGGUAGUACCUAGAUACUUCAUAGCUGCUGAAUAUAUAUCAAGGGCUUUUGGUGAAUCUUGAAGAUGGUGAGGGGGAAAAUUGAGAUGAAGAAGAUCGAGAAUGUCACAAGCCGGCAAGUGACCUUCUCCAAGCGUCGAAAUGGGCUGCUGAAGAAAGCUUUUGAGCUAUCUGUUCUUUGUGAUGCAGAAGUUGCAGUCAUUGUUUUCUCACAGAAAGGAAGACUUUAUGAGUUCUCAAGCUCCGACAUGCAAAAGACCAUAGAACGAUACUCUAAGCAUAGAAAAGAAGUUCCAACUCGCAUGCCUGAAAUGAAAGAAUACAUGCAGCACAUGAGGCUUGAAACGGAAAACAUGGCAAAGAAGAUUGAGUCCCUGGAGGUUUCUAGAAGGAAGCUGCUAGGUCAUGGAUUGGAUUCAUGUAGCAUUGAGGAACUUCAAGAGAUUGAUAGUCAACUAGGACAAAGCUUAAGAAAAAUCAGGGCAAGAAAGGUCUGUAAGCAUUAUGUAAAAUCUAGUUUUAUACUUCUAUUGUUGAGUCAGGCAUGUAUUACAAAUCUAGUUUUCAUCCGCAAUUGCUUCCUCCUUAGGUCAUAGAUAGGGCUUCGACCCACAUCUCUUUAACCUUUAUACAGUCCAAGAUCUCUCUCUUCUAAUCAAUGUGGGAUUGGAGUCUUGCAUCCUAUCUAUUCCCCUAUAAGGAGCUUGGCCUUGACAUUCCUUUUCUUAUUGCAUCGAAGUUUCUUCAA